UUUUGGCGCCAACCACUAGGGGUCGCUGUCCGCCCGCUCCUGCCCCGGUUUUUGCUCGGCGAGCACCUCCAGGACAGGAGACGGCGUGAGGGAGCGUGGCGGCCGCGAGCCUAAGCGCGUGUCCGCCUCCUCUUUCCUUCAGCGAAACCCCCGGCGUUCCCGCUUCCGACCGGGGCAGAGUCCGGUACGGGAAUCACGUGUGCGGCUCGAAGCGUUCGAAGGUUCCAGGCAGAGGAGCUAGGUGCACGCGGAGAGAGGCCUUCCCCCCUCCCUUCCUCCUCCUCCCCCCCUUCUAGAGAGCCGCCCCGACACACCGGGCGCCGGAUACAUGCAGGGGGAGCUCGCCCUCCUCAGGAGAGGCCGCUAGAGGAGCGUGGAAGAGAAAUCCCCCCGCCCGGCAGAAUGGACUUCACUGGCAGCCAGCAGAAACCUGCCGAUACCAAGAUCAUCAUCUACCCGCCCGGGGUGAAGGAGAUCACCGACAAGAUCUCCAACGAUGAAGUGGUCAAAAGACUCAAGAUGGUGGUUAAAACCUUUAUGGACAUGGACCAGGAUUCAGAAGAUGAAAAGCAGCAAUAUCUUCCUUUAGCCUUGCACCUUUCAUGUGAAUUCUUCCUCAGGAAUCCUAACAAAGAUGUUCGCCUGCUAGUAGCAUGCUGUUUGGCAGAUAUCUUCAGAAUAUAUGCACCAGAAGCACCCUACACAUCUCAUGACAAAUUAAAGGACAUAUUCUUGUUUAUUACAAGACAACUGAAAGGUCUGGAAGACACAAAAAGUCCCCAGUUCAAUAGAUAUUUUUACCUGUUAGAGAAUUUAGCCUGGGUCAAAUCCUACAACAUUUGUUUUGAAUUGGAGGAUUGCAAUGAAAUAUUUAUUCAACUCUUUAGGACUCUGUUUUCUGUUAUCAAUAACAGCCACAACCAGAAAGUUCAGAUGCACAUGUUGGAUUUAAUGAGUUCAAUAACCAUGGAGGGAGAUGGCGUUACACAAGAAUUGCUGGAUUCUAUCCUCAUUAAUCUCAUCCCUGCUCAUAAGAAUCUUAACAAGCAAGCAUUUGACCUUGCCAAAGUACUUUUAAAGAGGACAGUUCAAACAAUUGAGCCUUGUAUUGCAAAUUUUUUCAACCAGGUAUUGGUUCUGGGAAAGUCGUCUGUUAGUGACUUGUCAGAGCAUGUCUUUGACCUCAUUCAGGAGCUCUUUGCAAUAGAUCCCAAUUUGUUGGUUUCUGUGAUGCCACAGCUGGAAUUCAAACUGAAGAGUAAUGAUGGGGAAGAGCGAUUGGCGGUUGUAAAACUUCUAGCAAAGCUGUUUGGUUCCAAAGACUCGGACCUGGCCAAUCAAAACCGACCUCUUUGGCAGUGUUUUCUUGGACGGUUUAAUGAUAUCCAUGUUCCUGUGAGGUUGGAAAGUGUCAAAUUUGCAAGCCACUGCUUAAUGAACCACCCAGAUCUGGCUAAAGAUCUUACAGAAUUCCUGAAGGUGAGGUCUCACGAUCCCGAAGAAGCAAUCCGGCAUGAUGUUAUAGUUACUAUAAUAACUGCUGGGAGGAAAGAUCUUUGUCUAGUAAAUGACACGCUGCUUGGGUUUGUGCGUGAGAGAACAUUGGAUAAAAGGUGGAGAGUAAGAAAAGAAGCAAUGAUGGGUCUUGCCCAGCUAUAUAAGAAAUACUGCCUGCAUGCUGAAGCUGGAAAGGAAGCUGCAGAGAAGGUGAACUGGAUAAAGGAUAAACUUCUACAUAUUUACUAUCAAAACAGCAUUGAUGACAAGUUACUUGUAGAAAAGAUAUUUGCUCAAUACCUUGUUCCUCACAAUCUGGAAACGGAAGAAAGAAUGAAAUGUCUCUAUUAUUUGUACGCUAGCUUGGACCCUAAUGCUGUAAAGGCACUGAAUGAAAUGUGGAAGUGUCAGAAUAUGCUGAGAAGUCAUGUCCGGGAGUUGCUAGACUUACAUAAACAACCACCUUCAGAAGCAAACAACACAGCCAUGCUUGGGAAGCUGAUGACAAUAGCAAAGAACUUACCAGACCCGGGGAAAGCACAAGAUUUUGUCAAGAAAUUUAAUCAGGUUUUGGGAGAUGAUGAGAAACUUAGGUCUCAGCUAGAAAUGCUCAUAAGCCCAACGUGCUCCUGUAAACAAGCAGACGUUUGUGUGAGGGAAAUUGCUCGGAAACUCGCGAAUCCAAAGCAGCCUACAAACCCGUUCUUAGAAAUGGUGAAAUUCUUAUUAGAAAGAAUUGCCCCAGUCCAUAUAGAUUCAGAGGCUAUCAGUGCAUUAGUCAAACUGAUGAAUAAAUCUAUUGAGGGUACAAUUGAUGAUGAAGAGGAGGGUGUGAGUCCUGAUUCCGCAAUAAGAGCAGGAUUAGAACUGCUAAAGGUGUUGUCCUUUACCCAUCCGACUUCAUUCCACUCUUCAGAGACGUAUGAAUCAUUACUUCAGUGCCUUCGUAUGGAUGACGACAAAGUGGCAGAGGCAGCCAUCCAGAUAUUUCGCAAUACUGGGCACAGAAUUGAAACCGAUGGGGAAAUUAGGAAGACAUGUUCCACCCACUCAGUUAUGUGAUUUGUAUUCUGCUGUUGUGGUAUUGAACAUGCAACAUUAAUCCUGAUAUCUUGUCAUAUCUCUAUUCUUUAGCCUCUCAGCCGAAGUCUUAAUGCAGAUGUGCCUGAACAGUUAGUAACUCCUCUAGUAUCACUGGGUCACAUUUCCAUGCUGGCUCCUGAUCAGUUUGCUUCUCCAAUGAAGUCCGUGGUGGCAAAUUUCAUUGUGAAAGAUCUUCUAAUGAAUGAUCGGUCAACUGGAGACAAAAAUGGAAAGCUCUGGUCCCCAGAUGAAGAAGUUUCACCAGAAGUUUUGGCUAAAGUACAAGCCAUAAAACUACUGGUGCGUUGGCUCCUAGGGAUGAAAAACAAUCAGUCCAAGUCUGCAAACUCCACAUUGAGAUUGUUGUCUGCCAUGUUGGUCAGUGAAGGAGACUUGACAGAGCAUAAGAGAAUUAGUAAGUCAGAUAUGUCUCGCCUGAGAUUAGCAGCUGGUGGAGCCAUUAUGAAGCUGGCCCAAGAGCCUUGUUACCAUGAAAUUAUCACUCCGGAGCAGUUUCAAUUAUGUGCAUUGGUAAUUAAUGAUGAAUGCUACCAGGUGCGACAGAUCUUUGCUCAGAAGUUGCACAAGGCUUUGGUGAAGCUGCAGCUUCCACUUGAGUAUAUGGCUAUCUUUGCCCUGUGUGCCAAGGACCCGGUAAAAGAAAGAAGAGCUCAUGCAAGACAGUGCUUACUUAAGAACAUCACCAUACGACGGGAAUACAUAAAGCAGAAUCCAGUAUCAAACGAUAAGCUGUUAUCCUUACUGCCAGAAUAUGUUGUACCGUACAUGAUUCAUCUCCUGGCUCAUGAUCCAGAUUUUACAAAACCUCAGGAUAUUGACCAACUUCGUGAUAUCAAAGAGUGCCUUUGGUUUAUGCUUGAAGUUUUAAUGUCUAAGAAUGAAAAUAAUAGUCAUAUGUUCAUGAAGAAAAUGUGUGAGAGCAUUAAACAAACUCGGGAUGCUCAAGCACCAGAUGAUCCCAAGGCUAACGAAAAAUUGUACACAGUCUGUGAUGUGGCUCUCUGUGUUAUGAACAGCAAAAUUACAACAAUGCUUCUAGAGUCGCCUAAGGAACCAAUGUUGCCAGCUAGGUUUUUUACUCCACCUGAUAAGGAAUUUAUCAACGACAAGAGCUACAUAUCUGAGGAGACGAGGGUUCAUCUACUAACAGGAAAGCCAAAGCCAACUUCCGUUCUCGGUGCUCUAAACAAGCCUUUAUCAGCCACUGGCAAGCGGCCUUACCACAGAGGUACAGGAUCAGACAGUGGAUGUAACACCAGCGUGAUUUCUGAAUCUGACUCUGUACGACAAAGGGAUCAGAUUUCUGAGGUGUCUGAAACUGGGGUCAGUGAAAAUGAAGAGAAUCCUGUCCGACUCCCUGUAACUCCAGUCAAAGCUGACUCUGUAAAGACAAAGGAGGUGAAUUCAGAUCAGUCUACAACACCUAACCCUGGUUCAGAGCGGGUUAAAAAAAGAUCAGCACCAUCACCAGGUUCAGAAAAUAUUCAGAAAGAUUCCGAAGAGAAAAAACCAGAUGAUGUAAUCCAGGCACCACCACCAAAGCCAAGAAGGGGGCGGCCUCCAAAGUCUGCAUCUCAGGGUAGCGCAGCAAAAGAUGACUCAAGCAAGCCGUCGGGAAGAGGGCGCAAGAGAGCAUCAGCCAAUCAAGACAGCUCAGCAGGAAUCGAGGCCAGCAAUGCGAAAGUACCAAAACACGAUCAAGCAGCCAAAAAGACAGCACAAAGGCAGAUUGAUUUACAAAGCAUGAUCCUGGGCAGUGAAGGAGAUUCUCUUUUGGAGUUAGAUUCCAGCUCGGGAGAGGUUUCUAAUGGUGCAGAUGUAAUUAAUGCAUUCCCCAGCAGCCAGGAAACAGAAGAACCACAGCUAGAGGUGGCAGGUUACUUACAGGUAAAAAGAAAAGUGCCGCACAAGAGAAAGAAAUAAGCGUCUAUAAGCAGGCACGCGCCACCUUUCAAGGCUUAUUCCAUUUUUUCUAUUCGGAAGAUGAACUUGCUUAUACAUCAGAAACUUUUUACUUUUAUCAAAAAUACAUAAAAUUGCAAAAAAAGUCACCUGUGAAAAACUUGUGAUCACAAGCUUACCGAAUUCUUCAAGAUACGGUUUCAUUUCCAUGUAAUAAAAUUACACUCUGGUUGUAUGGAGCAAAGAAUAGGACUUCCCACAUUACAAUCCAUGCUUAGUGGGCCUCCUUGGUUACCAGACUGUGCUGGGUUUUUGUUUUUCUUAAUCUCUGACAGAGGUGUACCGUUCCAGGAUGAGAGUCUACAACCAACUUAGGUCUCAUCAUUUUUCCAUGCACAUAGACUCCUACUUGGCAGAUUUUAAAGUGUAUUCUGCUAGUGUACAUAGAGACAUGGCUGCGGCCAGGGACAAGGGGAAAAAAAAGCUUGUUGAAGGAAUGUUGCAUUCAUCUAUUGGUUAUUGUCUUAUGUAAAAUUGUGCUGCAAGUCUACUUUUUAAAUAGAAUUAAUUGUACAGUUUUUUUUCCUAACAACUCCAUACUUUGAGAUUAUCAAUCUCUUGUGUUUUUCUUUCUAUUCCUCUGCACAAAUGGGGGAGCUGAAUUAUUUUGGUUCCAAAAGCAACAUUUCACAGAGCAACAUUAAAUAUUUCCUUCUGAGUUAAUAUAAUAUGGGAUAUGUGUACAUAAUAAUGUUUGUGCUUUUUUUUUUUUUUUACCAUAUAUCACUAUCAUAAAGCCCUUUUACUCAAACUCAUGUUGGAAUACUGUACUGGAUAGCAAGACAGUCCGGCGUUUGAUUUUAUACCGUUGUUUGACAGAUUUUUAACUGUAAAAUAAGAAACCAUUUUUUUCCAGAAAUAGUCAAGUUAGGCAGCUUUAUAAAGAAAAUUCAGAAAUGCUGAUGCUUCGAUUUUUAGAGGUUUUGCUGUUCUUAAAGUUCAUGUCUCUCGUUCAUCUUGGAAUUAUAAUUUUUUUUUUUUUAGGUUAAUAGGUGUGCACUCUGCAUUUGUCGAUGAAAUAGUGGACACUUAAAUGUGUGUGCCCAGUGCUGCCUAUGCACCUUGUAUGUACACAUGGUCAUAUUUAAGUUUUGUUGCAUACAAUAAAUGCUUCUAGGUGUCA